GCAUGAAGACUGUGAUUCUACUGUUUUAUCUUCUGGGAUCAACUCAGUCGUUACCAAUGCAGCUCAAACCUGCUUUGGGACUUCCUCCAACGCAGCUGGUUCCAGAUCAGACAACCCUACUCAACCGGCAGCAGCCACAUCAGGUCUUCCCUUCUUUAAGUCUAAUACCAUUGACACAGAUGCUCACCAUGGUGUCAGAUCUGCAACUGCUAAAUCCUCCUCCUGCAGGAAUGGCACCUGCUGCCCAUACCCUCCCACUGGCCCUUGGGGGAUUAAAUGUUCAACAGCAGCUGCAACCCCAAAUGUUACCACUUAUUGUAGCACAACUUGGAGCCCAGGGUACUAUCCUAAGCUCAGAGGAAUUGCCAGUGGCCCCGCAAAUCUUCACAGGCCUCCUCUUCCACCCCUUGUUCUCCGGAGCCAUCCUGCCCACCAGCCAUGCUAAUCCAGACAUCCAGAACACAAUCCUUCCUGCGGGACAAGCAGGAGUAAAUCCUGCCGUCCAGGGAGCCCCAGAAGGCCCCUCCCCGACCCCCAGUGGCACAGAUGAUGACUUUGAAGUGACCACUCCAGCAGGCAUCCAAAGGGGCAUGCACAUCGCCGAGGAAACCACUACCGGGUUCCCCCAUGGAAUUCAGUAAGCUGUUGCGAAUUUUUUCAACUAAACCACCUUAAGUGUGGUGCUACAUAGAAGUAUUUGUCACUGAGCAUAUUAUGAAAAAAAUUGAGACACUGAAGAAUACCAGAAGAAAUUCUUAGUUAACUAAAAACUUGCUUGAAAUUUCAGAAAACAUAUUCUUCCUAGAGAAUACAGACUUCUGAAAAAGAGUAAUUAAAUAGAUGAUUUGUCUUUGAAAUGUAACAUGACACCAUCCUGGAUAUGGAUGACAUAUACAUUAAAACAU